AUGGGCUCUCCCGGGGCCCCCGCGGGGCAAGGGGCCUGGAACGCCCCCAUGCUGGGCCAGUGUCCUUGUGGGGGCAAACAAGGCCCCUACUUCAGGCACUUCAGGCUGAUGGAUAAAUUGGAGGAAGGGGGCCCGGGGAGGGGCUGCCCCAUCACCUUGUCCUGCAGGGUGGAGGCCUCCGUCUCCCCUCCCCUGUGCUGCAGGCCUCCGCAAGACAUCAGCCUGGAGGAAUUUGACGACGAGGACUUGUCCGAAAUCACCGACGACUGCGGCAUCGGCCUGAACUAUGACUCGGACCACUAUGAGAAGGACUGCCUGGUGCUGGAGAGAUGCGAGCAGCCGCACCCGACCUGCACCUUCCAGGAUGACUUCCAGGAGUUCGAGAUGAUCGACGACAAUGAAGAGGAGGAGGAGGAGGAAGAGGAGGGAGGAGGAGGCGGGGAUGGGUUGGAGGAAGCACCGCCCUCCCCCUCGGCGUCGCCAAUCCCCUCGCCCACCUCCGAGGAGACCCAGAAGCACCGUCCCACCACGCUCAACCUGACUGUGACAGGCACGCAGUGGAGGCGCGCCUGCAGAACCGCAGACAGCCGGGGCCAUCGGGCCCGGCCCCUGGGCGCAGGACACCAAGCCAAAGUGGCCAGCCGCAGCUCGGGUGCCUCCCACGUGGGAGAGCCCCCCCCGGAGAUCGGUCCCAAGUCCGGCCGCGCGAGCCCCUUUCUCCAUGCCCUGCACUCAGGGAUGACGGAGGAGCGGUCCUCGCCUCGCCUCGCCCCGCCCUUGGCGGCAGCCUUCUGGGGCUUGCCGAGUGCCACCGCUUCCCCGCCACAGUGCGAAGAGGACUCCCUGAACAACAACAGCAGGUGCCCACCCGUGCCCCGCCUGCAGCGGGCCACCUGGCAGGAGACGCUGCUCCACUCCACCACGACUUCGGCGGCCUCCUCCGUGCCGCACACCGAGCGACCGUCCCCCUCGCACCCAUGUCUCCAGGACGGGCUCUGCCUGGGCAUGCAGGGCGGGAAAGGCCCGGCCCCCGCGCUGGCUCCGUGCAAGCCACCUCCGUACGAUGCCGAAGGCAACGGCCGGGAAGGGCCGCUCUCUCCCGCACGACCCGGCGAGGAUUACAACAUGAACAUCGUCUCCUCGGUGGCCGACGCGCAGCUGGCUUCGGCUCCCUCUGGCCAGGUGCCUGCCGAGUUGCCUCCCGGGGCACCAAAAGGCCCAGAGCCCCAGUGCCCCCACAGCAGCCCCCCCAGGCCACCUGCCACGGAGAGCUACUGUGCCAGAUUUCAGAGGGAUGUGGGGGCAUCCCCGGAGGAGCAGGAGGGGGCCGGGGGCUCCGUGGCAGGACGGGCAGGGCGCAGCCGCUCCAUUUCCGCAGCUGACCCGGGUGGCAGCCUGCUCUCCGACGAGGAGCCUGGAAAGGGCCACAGCGACGCAGGAUCCGGGGGGUGCCGAGCCGCAGGCGCCCACAGGAGCCCAGCCGAGGCGGCCCCCGGGCCACUGAGCUCCGAAGGAGAGGGCGCCCACGGCAGCCGAGCGCCCAGCGUGCGGGGGCUGCCCUCGGCCUCCUCGGACACCACGUCCCCCUCGUCGGACCCGGGCAUCGAGGCCGACCUCACCAGCCGCAACUCCAAGGGCUUCCCGCCACGCGGCCAGUGCAGCGAGGACCUCAGCUCCCCCGGCUCCGACUCGGACGUGGACGGCGAGCUGGAGGCCGCUUUCGCGGGCAGCGGUGGCCGCUUGGCCAGCAACAUGAUCUCCAGCAUCUCCGAGACCGAGCUGGACCUGAGCAGCGACAGCAGCAGCGGCCGCUCCUCCCACCUCACCAACUCCAUUGAGGAGGCCAGCUCCCCCGGCUCCGAGGCCGACCUGGAGGGGGACCUGGAGGCGCAGGGGGUGCUGGGCCUGAAGGGGGCGCUGCUGCUGGACACCGCCAAGGACGAGGAGGGCCUGGGGCGGCCCCCGGAGGAGGGCCUGACGGCGCUCAAGAUCGAGGAGUGCUUCGAGGACCCGUCGGCGCCCGUGGGCCAGACUGAAGUGCCGCUCUCGGGCCACCUGGAGCUGGAGAUCAACCCGGACCACAGCCUGGAGAGCCUGCGCCGCUCCUUCUACCUGCCGGUGGGGCCGAAGCUGAUGCCCGAAGGGGACGACGAGGACGAGGGGAACAGCGAGUCCGACUCCGAGUCCGACUCCGAGUCGGAGCCCGACGUGAGCGAGGACUCCGACUCGCCCUGGCUGCUCAGCAACCUGGUGAACAAGAUGAUCUCGGAGGGCUCCUACCCCAUCAAGUGCGCGGACGAGCGCUUCCCGGCCACCCACUCCCUCGCCGACACCAUCUCCCCCGCCUCCGACCUGGAGCCCGAGCUGCACAGCGAGGCCCUGAGCGAGGGCCAGCCCCGCGCCCCGCAGAGCAUCGAGCUGGUGGACAUGGAGACGCUGCGCACCGCCCUGCAGUGCUCCGAGGACGAGAAGCGCGCCACGGCCGGGCCCGUAGCCGAAGCCGAAGCCGAGCCUCCCGCGGGGCGCACGGGGCCCUGCCUGUUCCUGAGCAACAUGACGAACGACACCAUCACCCCCGUCUUCCCGGGGCGGCCGCUCUCCGGCUGCUGCGGCAGCGUGCCCGGCCCCAAGGGCCUGCCCCCCAGGGAGGCCCCCGGCAAGGAGGAGCCGGCCGCUCUGCCGGAGGACUGCGAGAUCGACGGGGACCUCGACUCGGGCAUCUUGGGGGACAGUGACAUGAUCGACGACAUCCGGCUCGAGCGCGGCGAGGGGCUGGAUGUCUCCACCGCCCAGACCAACCGCGGCUUCAGCCUGGCCUAUUCCCCGGAGGAGGAGGAGGCCCCCUCCCUGGGCAGCCGGAAGGGCUCCCCGUUCUCGGAAGAGCUGCCGCCGCUGCCCCCCGCCCUGGUGCUGGACAGCUCCCUGGCCUACGACUCGGUCAAGUACACCCUGGUUGUGGACGAGAACACCCAGCUGGAGCUGGUGAGCCUCCAGCGCUGCACCUCGGUGCUGAGCGACGACAGUGACCUGCUGUGCGCCUGCGACGACGCCCCCGACCUGGAGGAGGUCGCCAGCGACUUCGGGGAGGGGCUGGGGGCCGUGGACGGGCGCAGCUCCUCCUCCGAGGACUCCUCCCCCGAGGCCGACCUCCACUUCUCCAAGAAAUUCCUCAACGUCUUCGUCAACAGCACGACCCGCUCCUCCAGUACGGAGUCCUUCGGCCUGUUUUCUUGCCUGGUGAACGGGGAGGAGCGGGAGCAGACGCACCGGGCCGUCUUCAGGUUCAUCCCUCGCCACGAAGACGAGCUGGAGCUGGACGUGGACGACCCGAUCCUCGUGGAACUGGAGGAGGACGACUACUGGUACCGGGGCUACAACAUGCGCACGGGGGAGUGGGGCAUCUUCCCGGCCUUCUACGCCCACGAGGUGGCGAGCCAGGCCAAGGGCGCGGCAGGGCUGAAGCGGAAUCCAUGCUGGGUCGAGCGCUUCAACGUCCAGUUCCUGGGCUCGGUGGAGGUGCCCCACCACCAGGGCAACGGCAUCCUGUGCGCAGCCAUGCAGAAGAUCGCGACCACCCGGAAGCUCACGGUGCAUCUGCGGCCUCCAGCCACCUGCGACCUGGAGGUCAGCCUGCAGGGCAUCAAGCUCAUCCUUACGGUGAACGAGUACGGCCGGGAUGACGAGCGCUGCAGCCAUUUCUUCCAGAUGAAGAACAUCUCCUUCUGCGGGUGCCACCCCCGGAACAGUUGCUAUUUCGGCUUCAUCACCAAGCACCCCGUGCUGAGUCGCUUCGCCUGCCACGUCUUUGUCUCCCAGGAGUCCAUGCGGCACGUCGCGGAGUGUGUCGGCCGCGCCUUUCAGGAAUACUACCAGGAGCACUUGGAGUUCGCUUGCCCCACAGAGGACAUUUACCUGGAGUAG